AAUGAACACCAGAACGAGGCCAAAUCAAAAUGGCGCGUGUUCUUGUUGCAAGAAGGACUAGAGGAAUGCUCCUGAAAAAGCACUAAAAAUGCAGCCUUGCUUGAAGGUUUUUACAACUCAAUCCCCUUCACACGUUAAAGAUGUCAGAAUGCUGUAAAGAUUUGUUUUUAACGCUCGAAAAGUAUGAACUAGAUGAUCCACAAUUUACCAAAGAUGACACCUUGACAGUUGUUACUUAUAUUUUAUCCUGGCAACAACGGCAAUGUAGAUGCGUCUUUAAAGACCAACUAAAUCUCUCCCGACUCGAAGACCAGCUUCAGAUUAUUCUCGGUUGUGCAAUAGAGAGUAUAAGCUCUUGGUCAUUGGAACCAGAGGACAUCAAUGGCGAACAACAGGAGCCUUGGAGCGACAUUGAAAAAGAAAAACUCUUUCUUGCCGUCUCUAAAAUCUUUCAAAUUCAUUUUCCCUUUUACCAAGCGAGACAGAUUCCCCUAGUGCGACAGGAUAUAACAGCAAAAGAUUGUUCAAAAUACUGUGACAUGAGUGUUGGUGAAGUUGCAGAGGCAUUGCUGAUAAAUAUUGCAUAUUUCUGUGACAAUGGAGGGCUUGCAGCGAUACAAGAAGCCUUCCAAGCAACAGGAGACAAGAUGUUACCUUUCCCUAUUGCUCAUCUACUUAUCAGCAUUGUUAGCCAGUUGCGAGUGUGGUUUAGUGUCCAGGCAAUAGUCCAGUAUAUUGUUCCACUUCGAGGUCCUGUUAUUAGAUAUUUAUGCCAACUAUCUGACAAGGAAUUACGGCAACAAGAUGGCUGGGCAAUGGCUGAUUCAAUGUGGAAUGGAGUCAAAGGACCUUCAGAAUCAAUGCCUAUAUUUGAUAGUUUCACAAUAGAUAGUCUGGACCUGGCUUUCAAGUAUUUCACGUCUUCCACUUUAACAGUGAGAUUGGCAGGCCUCAGUCAGAUUGCAAAUCAAGUUCACAUGUUCAUGGAUAUAUAUCAAGCUAAUAAUGUGGGGGAGGCUGUAAACAUUGGUGCUGAGUUGUCUCAAUGGCUGGUCGAUAAUAACAUUAUUGAACACUUAUUUGGACCAAAUCUGCAUGUCGAGCUGCUUAAACAAUCUCAAGUAAUACUAAACUAUAUGGCCCAAGAAGAUUGUAUAACCAACCAACACCUGGACUGUAUAUGGGCCGCUGCACAGCUGAAGCAUGCGAGUCGUUAUGUCCAUGACUUGUUGACAGUCCUCACCAAACAGCUCCAAAUGCAAUCCAUUCGGUAUCUUUUGGCUUUGGCUUCCAAGCUCCACCCUUCUAUGCACACGAAGCAAACUCUCUUCUUGGCUUCACUUUUGCUGAGGAUUUAUUGGAGCUCAGGGCCGUCAGAUGUAGUACAAGGACCUUCAGGGGGUCAUGUGACCAGCCCGGUACAAGGACCUAUAACUGCUAGUGCAACAUCAGCUGCUGUUGCUGCUGCAAUGCAGAGGAAAUUCAGGAACAAUGGAGGAAGCAUGAGUCAGAGCAGCAGUAGAAGCAAUAGUAUGAGUGAAAUAAGUAUUGAUGGUGAUCAAAGAGAUAUUGAAGAGCCAUCUUCACCAAGAAAGUUUACUGACCUUCCACCACAAGACCUAGAAAUGGAAGAGGUCAACUGUGAAGAACAUCAAUCAACCCUCCCGCCUGACUUUGACAGCCCUAAUGCAGACUAUCCUAAUCUGGACAAAGGUGAAGAGGAUGCUGAUAUUGACAGUAACAGUUGUACAAACAGCCAUGCUAGCUCUCUCUCUGACAGAAGAGAUCUUGAUGACUUUGAUGGUGAUGAUGUAGAAGAUGAACUAUCACAGCUUAAAGCUGUUGCAGCGCUGAGGAAUAUACAGAACACUUAUGGAGAGGACAGGAAAGGAUUUGAUCUGAAUACCGUGUGUGAUAAAGGAGAGACUCUUCUGUGGGAUCUCUUACAAGAUGAGAAUGCUAUCCACUUGGAAGAUGGUUUGAUUCAGGAGGCAGAGAAGUUGCUUUGUCAGCUCAUUUGCUACACAGGAAAGAAGAAAAUCAGAAUGAAAUUCAUAGAAGGUUGUGUGGCAAAUCUUGCUAACAACAGAUCUGUAGUCAUGUCUAUUCAGCUCCUUCCUAAAUUAUUCAGCUCUUUCCAACAAUAUGUAAAUGUCAGCUCUGGCCCACAUUGGGUGACAAAAUGGGCCACCUCUGAACUUGGUAUCAUGGAGUUGUUCUUCAAGAAUCUUGUACUUUACAUGGACAACAGCAACAACAAGAAAACCUCAUCAUGUUCUCUGUAUAGUCACAAGGAUGAAGUCCAAGCAAGGCUGCAGUUYCUGUCAUCAAUAUUUUCUAAUGAGCUUUCAAAACCAGAAUUUGGUUUAACUCCAGAGCAAGUAGAUGUGCUAUGGUCAGCAUUAGUGAAUGACUGUGAGUGUUCAGAUGAGGCAUUGGAGUGGUUUGUACAACAGGCUCAGAGUAAAGAUCUUCAUGCUCUCAACAAUGAGGCACUCAAGUACAUCUUUACUGAAAAGCUGCCGUCCAUUGCACCUGAAACAUUCACAAUGACAGGGUUGACGUUACUACAACAGUUGUACAAAAUGUUUGAGAAUUCGAGUGUUGCGUCUGAGAAUACUUGUAAGGUGUAUGGAAUAGAUCAGUUAUGGAACAUAGCACUACAAGCCAAGUCACUGGAAGUCAGUAUGGCAGCAAUCAAUUAUUUAAAUUCUUUAUAUAUUAAUGCUGAUGGAGGAAGUCUAAAGUCAGAGGAAGAGUUUAUAACUAGGUGUAUGUCUAGUAUACGAGAAGCAGCAAAACCAAACCACUCCCUUGAGGCUAAAGAGUUAAGCUUGCAGAUCAUAGAGAGAGGAAUAACACUCUUAAAAAGUCAUAUUGAGACAUUCAAAAAGAGAUUUGCAUUCCAUCUCCGUUUAUGGUUGCUUGGAGGGCAUGGCAUAUCAUGUCAUCGGCAGAAGAUACAACACACAACAGAGAAGCACUUUCCUAUCAGGGUCAUGUGUCAACCAGCUGGUCUGUCUGACAAGGGUACAUUUGAGAUGCAUUCAUCGGACCUGGUGGCAGAGUUGCGUGCCRAGGUAACACACUGGUGCAAACAGUUACAAGAAAAAAUAAAAAACGAAAAGCAAGGGGAAGACACCACAAGACACAUACCACUAUCUCCGUUCUCUCCGCAACUUAAUCCUCCUUUUAGACUUAUCUCCCAAGGGCAUGAGUUAACGCCUGAUCUGGAUGAGAAGACACUUGCUGAUGUUGGAUUUAAGGACUUGCAGCUUGUCUUUGUGUCAGUUGGUGCUAUGCGAAGAGACCGUUACCACGACAACAGUCAAAUUCCGUCAUCAUCUCUACCAGCUCCUAAGUGGGAUAACACACCAAUGAUGAUCUUACUACAGGAUAAACACUUUGAGGAACUCUUUUCUUUUCUAGAAGUACUAGAUAAACUUAAUGGUGCAAAUGAUAAACAAACUUCUGAAGUUAAAAACGAGGAAAAACUUGGACAAUGGAAAGACAUGGAUUCCUCAAAUACUCCUGUUGCCUCAAGCUCAGAUUCUACAAUGCAGGAACAGAGACUACCUAUGGACUUGACAGAUGAGUCUGGACAUUCCCCACUGGAGGAAAAAUCCCGUAUACAGCAAGAAAACUAUGCACAACACUUGUGUCAAUUAAUAUGGGAACUACUUUGUAUUUUACCUACAAACCCAUCUGUCUCAACCAGGUUAAAAUAUUUUGGACGGCAUCUCACACCAGAAAGUGAUUCUAAUAAAUCAGAUACUGAACAGAAACAUUCAUAUGAGGAAUUUUCUGUGCCGUGGAUGGAACUAUUAGACCCACAUUAUCCUCAUAAAUUACUGUAUUGCCUUCAAGUAGUGGAUUUAAUACACUAUUCUUAUGAAGACAGACAUCGGAGCGUACCCAAUGAUUCAAAAUCAAGUAGUGAGUCCUCAGAUUCCUCUGACACAGAAGAAGAAAAUACGAAGAAUGCUACGAGUUCAUCGUGGGGAUCUCUCUUUGUAGAAUUUGGGGGCCUUCGGCAUCUGUACAAUAUAAUUAUGUCCGGUCACGUAGAGACCCGAUGUGGUCCGUUGUGGACUCCAUGGCAGGAGGAGUGUCUUGCUUAUGUAUUAAAGCUUGUUUAUGAAUUUGGGACUAUUAAAGCUGACGAUGACGAGGAUGAGGUUUUUAGUAUGUCUGAUAGUGAACAGAAUAUACAACACUUCCAGCAGAGGGAUGGAAGGUUUAGAGUGCGCUACAAAAGCACUGAAAAAGAAGAAACCAUUUGCAUCAAAUGUUUAUCUCCUCAACUUAUGUCCAUGGUAGAAGUUGAACCUCUAUUAAACCGGUUACUAGCAAUAUCAUACCAGGCUACCCUUCAAGUCCAUACUGGGUCACACAGAGGAGGCAGGGGAGGGCAGGUUGUUUAUCAAGCAAUAUCCUUGUUGGUGUCUUGGGCCUAUACUGAUUCCCAUGUUAGUAAAGGCCUUCUGCAUCAAAAGAACUUCAGAUCCUGGCUCAAACAACUUGUCCUUCUUGCAAGAGAGCCCAUGGUAAGAUGUGAGGCUUGUCGUGGACUCUACAGACUCAGUCUAAUCAAGGAAGACCCUUGUUUGAUAGAAUUAAUGGAUGCACUGCUAGAUUUCCUGCCUUUAGCUCAGUCCUUACAGUCUAAGUGUACUUCAAGCCAAAGUGCAGGCCAUGGUAAGAACCUAGAGCCUUGUGCACAGGAAUACUUCUCCAUUCUUUGCCGACUGGUGGAUAGCUUACCGCUGGAGGAAGGCAGCAAGGACCUUGCUAUUGAUCUGAAUUCUCUCGCUAACCUACUUUCUGAGUACAUCAUCAAAAGUAACGCAAGCCCCAAGAGGCACAGCAGUCAGGAAGAAGAAGGACUGUGUGGCAUGUUAAAGCUGUACACAGCAGUUAUGCGACAUAAUCCGCCCUUUAAGUACUCUGACAAGGGACUCGAAUUCCUAAGAGACACAUUUGGGCCUUGUCUGUUUGAUCUGCCCAGCGAUUGCUAUGAUGACAGGAACUUGCCGUUAUGUAAACUCAAGUCUGCUAGGAGUGCAGCAUACGAUCUGUUGUUAGAAAUGGCCAAGGAGUCCAAAGAAAACUUCCUUGAGUUGCAGAAACUACUGAUGAAACACCAUAGACCCGGCAAUUCACGUCUACAGGGUAGUACCAAGAAACACAGUUCAUAUGGCUGGCAUUACUGGCCACAUGAUAACGAGCGAUCACCAUGUGGUCUUGUUGGAAUCAUUAAUCUUGGUGCAACAUGCUACAUGGCAUCUUGUAUACAGCAGUUAUUUAUGAUGCCAGAAGCAAAGACCUCGAUUCUUAAUGCCAAGAUGACUGGAAAUGCAAGAGACGAUCAUUUUCUCAAAGAACUACAGAAGAUGUUUUGCUUUCUCAUGAUGAGUGAACGCAAGGCGCACAACCCUCGUUCUUUCUGUCGGACCUACACCAUGGACAAACAGCUAAUAAACACUGGUGAACAGAAGGACAUGACUGAAUUCUUUACUGAUUUGAUUAGCAAGUUAGAAGAUAUGUCACCAUCACUUAGAGACCUAGUACGAGAGCUAUUCUGUGGAGUUAUCACAAACAACGUAGUAUCACUGGACUGUACCCAUGUUAGCAAGACAAAAGAGGAGUUUUACUCUGUGAGAUGCACUGUUGCUGACAUGAAGAACCUAUAUGAAUCACUAGAUGAAGUUACCAUCAAGGAUACCUUGGAUGGAGACAACAUGUACACUUGUUCACAGUGCUGUAAGAAAGUCAGGGCUGAAAAAAGAGCAUGUUUUACCGUGUUACCCAAGAUUCUUUGCUUCAACACUAUGCGCUACACAUUCAACAUGGUAACAAUGAUGAAAGAGAAGGUCAACACACAUUUCUCUUUCCCUCUCCAACUGAACAUGGCUCCGUACUCAGAAGAAUACUUGAUGGGAGACAAGGCUGACCAAGACCCAGAAAAGGAUCCCAACUAUUGGUACAACCUGAUAGGCGUGGUGGUACAUACAGGGACUGCUGAAGGUGGACAUUACUACAGCUUUAUACGGAACAGAACUGAUCCACAGCAAGACCAGUGGUUCCUGUUCAAUGACGCUGAAGUCAAACCUUUUGAUCCUUCGCAGAUUGCAAGUGAAUGCUUUGGUGGAGAAAUGACGACCAAGACAUAUGAUGUGGUGUCUGAGAAGUUCAUGGAACUUUCCUUCGAGAAGACCCACAGUGCCUACAUGUUGUUCUACGAGCGCCACACCCCAAACGCCUCACCUAUACAAGUACCACCUAUCAACCUCAGCCCUGACUUGGCCCACUGGAUCUGGACAGAUAACAUCCAAUUCCUACACGAUAAGCACAUCUUUGAUACCACGUACUUCAAUUUCCUAUGGUUAUUGUGCAGUAGUAUACCCCCUACUCUUGAGGAUAGUGAAGAUGUUGUGCUGUCGAAUAUACAGCUUAGUACGUCGUUUUUAUUGGAAACACUGGUUCAUUCUAAGGAGAAGUUGCUGCUGAAGAAUUGGUCGGAAUUGUUGAUAACCCAUCUUGAGAACAGCAGUGCUGCUUGUGAAUGGUUCUUGAAUACGUUAUCUGUUGAUGACUGGUGGCUGCAACAGAUGUUUGUUAAAUGUCCUGUACAGAGUAUACGACAUAUGUUUGCCCGACUGUGUGUUCACGCUAUUCAAGCUCUGCGCCCUUCAUAUGUCCAAUCGGAUGACGAGGAAGCCGAGAUAGUGGAUGUUGACAAAGGUCCUUUUUCUUUCGUGGUGCGUUUUAUCAAAGCUGUUCUUAAACUGCUUGAUUUGAAUCACAUUCGUCUCUACAUCAAGAACCUGUCUGAGCUCUUCUGGUUUCUUCAUCAGUUUGCUUUGGUUGGACAAGAAGAGCGAGAGUUCUUAAUAGGUAUAGAGGCAAUAUCGACUAUGAUACACUUCUACCUCAAGACCAAGACCCCAGAAGCUCCAACUGAAUCCAGUGCAGAUGAUGAUGAUGACAUGGAUGAUGACGAUGAUGAGGUUGUGGCCCUCCUGCCUGAAGACAAGUACCGCGGCAGCUCCUUGGAGAAGAUGGUUUCUUUAAUAGCUGUUCUGGUAGAAGCAUCUUGGAGUGAGAGACAAUUAAAUCUCUCCAAGAAUGACAUCGAUUCGCUGGUUGGAGGAAAGGAAGUCAAGGGACUGACAUUUCUAUUUCAAGUUAUCAAGGACAACGUUAAUCUACGACACACAGCCAACUUGGUCCUGAGUCUGUGUCGAUAUAACACUAAGCUUGCAGAAAACGUGGUGUCGAUGUUAAUAUCCUCUGUACAGAAGCUGCCAUCAGAGCAAUCCCAGGCGUUUUUCAAGCUGCUAUCAAUGCUGACAGAACUACAGGGAGGUCCACCAGGACUGCCUUCCUUUAUCAACCUGACUCUAGCAAGAAUUUGGGAGGUGUUACGUAUUGUAUGUUUGAGUGUACGGUGUUUGUUUGUUCCACAGGCACAUCAGUGGGUGUUGGACAACAUGAAUACAUGGGUUGAGAAAUAUCUCAUUGCUGAUAAUAACCCACGCAUAAGAAAUGCUUCAGCUUGUCUUCUUGUCUCGCUCGUUCCAAGCCAUAGCUUCCGACUGAGCUUCAGAACUCGUAGCUUCACCACGCCCCAGAAAGACCUUCAGUUAAGCGAAGAAGCUAAAGCUGUACUACAUAAGAUCUUCAAAGCUCUUCUUGAACUACUGUCCCCAGCUAGGAAUUACUGUGACCGUACGAUGCAGGGCACUACAAAACUGGUCAGUUACUUUGCUGUGCUGAACUACUUUCUUGUAUCAAGAAACGAGAAAGAGAUGGUAAGACAGUAUUUACCAGACCUGUGGAGGUUAUUCCACCCGAUAAUGUCAGAACCAAACAUCUCAGUCCAUCACAACAAACAGGCGCUAUUGAUCUUCUGGUUCCACGCCUGUCAGGACUGUGAAAGCAAUGUAGCCUUUAUCACAGACACACCUCAAGUGGCUUCUAACAUCGCUCUCAACUAUAUCCUUUCUAGCGACGAGCCGGAAGUAAUCAACUUCAACCGCAACGUGUUACCUGCAUAUUAUGGUCUACUUCGAUUGUGUUGUGAAUACUCUUGCAGAUUUACGCGUCAAUUAGCUAACCACUCUAACAUGCGAUGGGCCUUUGAACACCUGACGUCACGUGUCAAUCAUUAUCCACAGGCUAUCGAGGAGCUGUUUGCCCUCAUGCGGCUGUUCUCUGGCCAAGGUCAUCCCAACCUCACAUCAGAAGACAAGGCUGCUGCCGCUGCCUUCAGAAAGUCAACUAUCAUGUUAUAUCUGAACUGCUUGGAUGGGGUAUCACACUGGACUACUCUGAUCACGGCGUUCAAAAUCCUGCUGCAAACUGAGGAGGACCGUUUAAUCGUGUUGGUCAAUCAAGGCUUGUUAACGUUGUCUGAUGCUAUCACGACCCUUCACUUGAUGUACCACGAGGCUACAGCCUGUCACGUGACUGGUGAUCUACGAGAAGUGCUUAACAUCUUAAAAGAAGUCUUACUAAGUUCACAGAGUCACAUGGAAAAUGCAGAGGUCCGUAGCAGUAUCGUGGGAUGGUCAGAUAAGAUGGAAAUAACACAAAAACUGCUCUCACUGUUGAAUUCCUACACACCUAAAGACUUGCAUGUAUCGUGCUUGGAUGUAUUACGAGCAAUACUCUCUCAGUACCCCAGUGAGUGCGCGGAACUAUUAAUACCAAUGAUCCACCAGUCACACAUUAGAUGGCACCAGAGUAACCAACAGCCGACACUCGGUCCUUACUUCCCUCGACGACACACCAAGGUUAUAGUCAGUAGCAAGACUUUACCUCGUCCGUCUGUCCCUGAACUAAACAUGUUCUUACAUCCAUCGUACCUCGAGAUUCCCAAGGGAGUAGACGAAGCGUACGACAAGGCCAUGUCUAGCUACUUCCAUCCGUAUCAUUUCUUUUUGGAUAAGCUUAUCAGAGUAGGGUUCAACCAAGAUCGUGUCAGUGACACAUGCAUUAGUCUAAGUUGUUUACUAGCGAUAGAAGCAAUACCUCUGCAUUUUAACUUCUUUUCCAAACUCUGGAUGGACGUGUACCAGAAGUCAGGGGAGCACGUUAAAUAUAAAGACUGUAUUCAAAGAAUCUGCCAAAGACCAGAAUUCAUCGAGUACAUCGAUUCCAUUCUAUUGGAGGAGCGAGAAUGCCUGAAUGUACAAGAGAUUUACUCGUUUCUGUGCUGUUUGUUUCCUAGGGUUCAUACUGUAGUGUUAAAGAACCAGUGGAAGACCCUAGUUCACACAUUAGUAGCAGCAGUCAUAGCUGACCAGCCUGCCGCUGCUAGAGCUAAUGACGAAGAGCUUUUGCAGAUCGCUCGACGCAUUACUGCGGAUUUGCGCGCCAUGAGUCUGAUGUUCUCCGUUUCUUCCCCUAAAAAAUCCGAUAUUAGUACUUUAUUGCUGCCAAGUCUUGAAGACUUAUUAUCAAUAUGUAAAAAACACCAGAAUCGAAAACAGAAGCGCCUUAAAGCUCGCCAGUCGAGUUUGGAAGAGUCCCCAGGGGAAGAUACCUCUGACAACAGCGCGACUGAUUCUACCGAAGCGCCUCAAAAGAAAAAACGUCGAAAAACUAACGACAGCGACGAUGAAAGUGAAAAACAAGAAAAACCGGUUUCCCCGGAAAUCCCCGGACCUAGCGGUGAAAGUAGUAAAACCGCAAAGCAUGAUGGUAGCAGUGAGGCUCCUCAGAGACCAAAGCUACACCCCCUACUUGGAUCAAGACCUGCUUUAGACUGGGUUGACCAUUUAGCCAAGGCGGUACAAACUGCUAUUGCUAAAGUUCCAAAGUAGGCACGAUAUCUUCCACACAAAAAUAGGAAAAUAAAACAAAUCACAAGAUGUCAAGAAAAUCGAAGAGAGACAGAAAAGAAAUGUUUGACCGGAAUUGAGGAGUCAAUCUUUUACUUGAUGCGGCAAAGCUCGCAUUACAUCGAUAACUUCUCGCUAUUUUAUGGUUUCUAUAGCCUCUGUUUUGUUGUUAUUAACGAGGAAAAAAUUCUUUGCAAAAUUAUUACGAAACCUUUGUGGUAAAGCGAGACGAGUCGAGUGACAAAUUCAAAGAGAAAAUAAAUUGAGAGUGUAAAAAGUUAA